AAUGACACAGCCGAUUGAUACUUUGUAAAAGAACGGGAAGUGGGGGGGUAGUAAGACCUAUAAAGAUAUUCUCAAAGCUGUUACUAUCAGUAACACCCUGUGCAUUAUUAAGUGAAUACCAUGAAAACCUUGAUCAUAUGUUUAUUGAUAGGCUUUGCCUCAACUAAUCCCACAAAAGAGACCAAAGAAAAAAAAGUAGAUAAACGUGGUCUAUUGGGGCUGGGAAUUGCUGGACAUGGUUUCCUUGGUGAUGGAUUGCAUGGUGAUGUUGCCCUUGGUGCUCCUGUCGUAGCUGGUGCACCUCUUGCAGUAGCUGCUGGACCUGGUACAAUUGAGUUGGGUAGGCAUACGCAUACUCAUACUACAAUUACCAGAAACAUUGGUAUUCCUGUUCCCCAUCCCGUUGGUGUACCCGUUGACAGGCCCGUACCUGUUGGAGUUCCAGUUAAAGUACCAAUACCAGUGGAUCGUCCUAUACCAUACGCAGUACCCAGACCCGUACCUGUACCUGUAGAAAAAACCGUUGCCAUCCCAAUUGACCGACCAGUAGGUGUGCCAGUACCUCAUCCAGUUGCAGUGCCAGUCGUUAAACCCGUUGGAGUACCAGUUCCAGCACCUUUUGCGGUUCCAGUUGUAAGCAAAACGAUCAUUGCUGAUCACGGCUUGAGUUUCGGACAUGGAAGCUAUGGACAUGGAAGCUAUGGACAUGGUUGGUGAUAAAAUCGAUCCUUAACGAAUUACUAGUAAUACAAAAAAUUAUUAUUUUCAUAAAUAAAAUUGUGAGGACAAUAAAAUUUCACUGUUAAA